AUGACAGGGAGAGAUGGAGCAGUAUUGUGGCAAAGUUUAAAUAAACUUAAAACACCCUCCGAAUACAUACCAAACUUCAGCAACCAAGAAACGAAAAACAACACUACACAACCGGCCAGAUGUAGGGGUUUCGGAAUACAGGAUAUUUUAGGAUUGGACAAAGAGAUUCCUUCAGCACCUCGAAGUUUGAUGGGGUUUCUUUCCGAUGCAGAGCACAUGCAAGACGCUGUAUCCAUGCUUGUCCCCCCAAGUUUCCAAUUGGGGAUGGGAUUGAUUGGGCCGGGACGAAUACAUACAUUUUACAGCCAGCAUGCGUUUUUGGAGAUCAUGUCUGAGGCACAGCAUGCGCACCUGCAGCCUCUUAACCGAAAGGUGGGAACGGUGGACACAGACGAAUCCGCUAGUUCAGACUCAGAAGAUGUGUCUUCCAGUGAAAAAUUAUCCAGAUCUUCACAGAGCCUAAUCAAUAAACGAAAGAAGAGACGACAUCGAACCGUUUUCACCUCUUACCAGCUGGACGAGUUAGAGAAGGCCUUUAAUGAUGCGCACUACCCCGAUAUGUACGCAAGGGAGAUGCUGUCCAUGAGGACUGAACUUCCUGAGGACAGGAUACAGGUGUGGUUCCAGAACCGGCGUGCCAAAUGGAGGAAGCGAGAGAAACGCUGGGGCCGCAGCAGUGUGAUGGCGGAGUACGGCCUCUACGGCGCCAUGGUGCGCCACUCAAUCCCGCUGCCUGACUCCGUCCUCAAUUCCGCGCAGGAUGGUGCUUUGGAUUCUUGCGCCCCCUGGCUUCUCGGAAUGCAGAAAAAGUCCAUGGACAGCUUGGCGAUGACCUCACGGCAGCUCAGUAAGCAGGAAGCAGGUGAGCGUGAGCCAGAGGAGAAGAGGACAGCGAGCAAAUCACCCCACUGCAAGGAGGAACUGAGGGAGAGCAGCAUCGCUGCACUCAGGGCGAAAGCGCAGGAGCACAGCGCCUGUGUGCUGAGGGCCGCUUCCUGCGGGGGACCCGAGAGGGUGACGGACGCAGGGAACGGGCCAAAGACACCUGGAAAUCACUCAAACACGUCAGAGGAGGAACAAAGUCUUUAA